CUUCAUAAGCUACUUUCCUGAGCAAAGAGACAGAGAGAAAGACCAAGCAUGAAGAGUUUGUUGUUUUGUGUUGUGUUCUUAGAGCUUGUCUGGUGCAGUUAUGGUUAUGGUCAUGGCCAAACUAGGAAUCAUCAACCUCUUGCUCCGGCUUUCUUCGUCUUUGGAGAUUCCUUAGUUGAUAGUGGAAACAACAAUUACAUUCCCACUCUUGCACGAGCUAAUUAUCUUCCUUAUGGAAUUGACUUUGGCUUCCCCACUGGCCGUUUCUGCAAUGGCCGAACAGUUGUUGAUUAUGGAGCAAUGUACCUCGGUUUGCCAUUGGUGCCACCAUUCUUAUCUCCUGUGUCAAUUGGGGAAAACGUGUUGAGAGGGCUUAACUAUGCAUCUGCAGCAGCUGGGAUUUUAGACGAAACUGGUCAACAUUAUGGAGCAAGAACUACAUUUAAUGGACAGAUAUCACAGUUUGAGACGACGAUCGAGUUAAAGCUCCGGCCUUUCUUUCAAGACCCUGCAGAUCUCAGAAAGUAUCUUGCGAAAUCGAUAAUUGCGAUCAAUAUAGGAAGCAAUGAUUACAUCAACAAUUACCUUAUGCCUGAGAGAUACUCAAGCAGCCAAAUCUACAGUGGACAAGACUACGCAAAUCUCCUUAUCAAGACCCUCUCAACUCAAAUAUCAAGACUAUACAACUUAGGCGCAAGAAAGAUGGUGUUAGCUGGAUCAGGACCAUUAGGUUGCAUACCGAGUCAGCUAUCUAUGGCAAGCGGCAACAACAACAGCAACACCGGGUGUGUGACAAAGAUCAAUGAUUUGGUUUCAAUGUUCAAUAGCCGAUUGAAAGAUCUACCAAAUACUCUCAACACAACUCUUCCAGGAUCUUUCUUUGUCUAUCAAAACAUCUAUGAUCUCUUCCAUGACAUGGUUGUGAAUCCCUCUAGUUAUGGUCUUGAGAUACCAAACAAAGCAUGCUGCGGUAGUGGGAGAUAUGGAGGAGCCUUGACAUGCCUCCCGUUGCAGCAACCGUGCUUGGAUAGGCACCGAUAUGUCUUUUGGGAUGCAUUUCAUCCGACUGAAAUUGCCAACAAAAUCAUAGCUGAACAAACUUUCAGCAAGUCUACCAAAUACUCUUACCCUAUCAGUAUCUAUGAGUUGGCUAAACUGUAGAGACUUUAGAUAUGGGAUUUAUAUGUAACAAUUGCCCAAAAUCUUCAAGGUCAUAUCUAUAUUCCAGUGUCAUAAGUUAAACCUUUCUUUCUCAUACGUCGUUAUUUUGCAAAGUGACGCUCAAAAUGUAACAUAAAGCAAAAAGGAAAAUUUUCAAGACAGCAUAAUCUGUAUAUUAUGUGGACAAGAUAGAGACACAGAGAGAGUUUUCUUAUCCAGUGAAUGCUAAUUUACAGAAAGCUAGAAACAUGUUUAUCUUACAGUUUUUUCUCCCCGGAAUUGCCCUUCAUCAACAGUGGGGGUACAUGCAAAGUGCUCUUCGACUUAAACAUCUCUGACAUGAAUUGCGAAGCAGCCAAAUAGAUUUUCUUUCAAGAAUGAUGUGAAACAGAGCAUUGUUAUUGAUCACUGGACAGAUGCAUCAAAUCUUGGCUCAUAAAAACACACUUGGCUGUUGCAUGACUGAAGAGCACACCCGGAAAUCCAAGACCAAACCUUCUUAUCCACGUUGUACAGAAGACCUUUUCCUUGAUUCCACGACGUAAAGCAGAUCAAGUUAUCUUGUCCAAAACACUCGAAUCUCUCGGCAGAAAGUCUCAGAAGCGGUCGGAAGUACUUAUAAGGCAUUCUACUUAUCUCUACCCAAGAAACCUUCGUGUGGUCAAGCUCCCAUAUCCUCAUGCUUUGGAGGGUGCUGUAGAGGCCAAUCCUUCCCACGAGAAACAAUCUCUUGUGAGUUCCAGCGACGAGGUAACCAUCCAACAAAGAUCUCGGGAACUUAGCUGGAAUGUGUUCCCAUUGCCCCGUAUCAAGCCGAUACAUCAUCAAGCCGAGAGGCGAAAGAGUUUCUAGAUACAAUCUGGAAUCACAGUACGCCAUUUUCGAAGAGCAUAAGUUCACCGCAGGCAUUAUCUGGUGUAAGGACCAUUUGUCAGUUUUGGAGUCAUAAACUUCGGUAGGAAGUGACUUGUCGCCGUAAAUAUCACUUGUGGCUAUGACUUUGAAUGAUCUCUCUGAGCGAUCUACAACCAUAAUCAACUGCCUUUGUUGAUUGUAGUGCAUACUCGGCAGCGUCCUCCAACUCUGCAUCAGAGGAUUGCAUACUAAAGUUCUGAAAGUUAGACCAUCAAGUCCCGAAAAGCAAACGAGACCACCUGAAGAUCCAACCAACCAGAGAGCCCAUGGAGGCAGAAACGUGAAGGGUACUUUGUACCACGUCUUCAAGGGCAAGCUGAAAACGGAGCAUUGCGGAAUCUGCGGCGAGUUCUUCCAAAAAGUGAGGAGACAAGGUCCGUGAGAGGAGACAUUCGAGUGAAACUUGAGAAAACCAUUAUCCUGAAGAAUCGAGUUCCAUUUUUUACAAACGGACCGGAUUCGAAAUAUCAUAAAAGGUGGAACCCUAGCUAAAAUCUCGUUCAGCAAAUCCUCUGGAAGCAUUGCCCAGAUACCAUCCUCCAUCUGCACAUCAGCAACAACGGGUUUACCAAAGGAAGCUACGGUCUCUUCCUCCAGACCACGAGGCUUCGUCUUCACCACUUUCUGCCUAGAAGGGCUCGUGUUUCUCGACCCUACUCGACCUACAGGGCUAGUGUUUCUCGACCCAGAACGCUUCAAUGGCGAAGCUUGCUUCGAUGAAGUACUCUCUUCGUCUCCAUUCUUCAGAGAUGCAGAGCAAGCCAGCAAAUUUGCAGAGUCCGAUGACUUUUCCACACUACCCAUCAGCAAUCCCCAAAAACCGAGACGUUCCAUUCAAUCUCAAAUCCAAACCAUCAGCUGCCUCAAGAUGGCUUAGAUUUCCCCAAAACCCACAAGAAGAUCAGUCGAUCAUCGACGAAGCAGCAAACCAGUAGAUCACCAGAUCUCUGAACAAAAAACCCAGCAGAAGAACAACAAAGUGCCCGCAAAGGAACUCAAAACUCGGGCAAAAAAUCGAUCGGAAGCCACGCAAACAGCUAGCCUGGAGUUAGAGCAAAGACUCUAACUUUCGAUCAGUAAACAGUAAUUUACCUCAAAGAUAUUAUGCAACAAGCUUCAUCAUUUGGCAUCCAAUGACAUAUAUUUUGCCAGAUGAGUUUUUUUUCUUCUCGAGAGCAACGCGGAGAGAUAGAGAGAAAACAAUUCUGCAUCUGCAGCUUCAAUUCCGAGAAAGGAAACAAAAAUCGGGCUUGCUACUUCUCAAACAGAAGUAAAGGGGCUAAUUUGUAAUUUAUUAAAAAUAUAGAGAAGGAUAAUAUCAAAU